GGAGGGGCUUUAACAGGUAACCGCCGGCCAAUGGUAGAGGAAUCUCGCUGACGUGCGGUGGUGGUCCUCUCCUUCUUUUCUUUUCUCUUCUUUUCUUUCUGCGAUAAAUUAAACCACACGCCUUCUAUAAAUAAGCCCCCAAUGGUACCUUGCAUUGGCUUGAACCACCCCUCUCCCUCCCUUCUCCCUCCUCCCAACAAUUUCUACUCCGUUUCUCUUUCUCUCCGCAGCUAAACUGGACUCCAUUUCCCUCGUCUCCGGGAAACCCCCUAGGACCAUGGAGUUUGGAGCCUCCCCCGACGCCGUCAAACCCCCCACCAUCAAGUUCCUCUGCAGCUACGGCGGCAAAAUCCUCCCGCGCUACCCCGACGGCAAGCUCCGUUACCACGGCGGCGACACCCGCGUCCUCGCCGUCCACCGUUCCGUCUCCUUUUCCGAGCUGUUGGUGAAGCUCGGGGAUUUGUGUGGGUCGUCGGUGAGCCUGAGGUGUCAGCUGCCGACGGAAGAUCUGGACGCCUUGGUGUCCAUCACCUCCGAUGAGGACCUCGCCAAUCUCAUCGAGGAGUACGAUCGCGCUGCCUCAAUUUCAUCGGCGACCUCCUCGUCUAUAAAGAUCAGAGCCUUCCUCUCUCCGCCCAAAUCGCUCAAAAAAAUCUCCCCUCCCCCUUCCUCGGCCCCUUCGUCGAAGUCGUCGGUUGCUUCCGCCUCGAGGUUCCCGGCGCCGGCGGCCGAUCCAAGAUUCCGUCAGGUCUUCCCCCGGCCGGUGGUAUUUCCCCUCUGCUUCGAGAAGUCCUCAGCCGGGAAGGUCAUUUCUGCUUCUUUGAUUCCGUUAUCGUUCCGUUAGGGUUCCGGUAUUCCCCUCCGUCUUUGUACACCGUUGUAACGAACCGUAAUAACCAGUGCCAACCAUUUUCCGUAAAAUUCGCUUCAGGCGCCACGUCACUCCGUUACCAUUGCGUUACGCCCGUGUAAAUCAUGGGAUUAGAAUCGGCUCAAAGAUGACAGUAAAUUAUUUCUAACUGCAUGUUCACGGCAACUCUCAAUUUCUAAGGUGUCGUAGAAGCCUCAAAAUUCAAACUUGAGAAAAGGGCUGAGAAAUUUAUUUACUCUAUUUUUUUUUUUUUAUAUCACCGGUGUCCUCAGUCGGCAUCUAUCAGAUUACAACACAGCUAAGAUUAUUCCCGCGCCCCGUGAAACUAGCUCCACAGCACCACGAGUGUAUAAAUUCAGGAACCGAGGGGAAACUCGAACUCGAGAGGCACAUAGGCUGACCUCGUGAGAGGCACACCCACUGGACGAGUUUACCACAUGAGACAUGCCCUGGGGCGAUUUAUUUACUCUAUUUGAAGUGAGGGAUGGGGGUGGAGGUGGAAAUAGAUAUUCAAUCCCUUACUUUGUCUCUGUGUAUCCCAAUUUAAUGCUGUAUAAUGAUAUCUUUGUAUUUUGGCAGCUUGAUUUUUCAAGUUGGUUAUAGGAGGAGGAGGAGGAGGGGAAGAAGAAGGCAUCAGUGAUUUUUUCUUUUUGGGACACAAAUGUUGAUGUGUGGUGUGGUGUGGUGGUUUUGACCGAAUUCGGCUGGACCCAAUGGUGCUUCUCUACCAGUCUACACCACAACCAAAGCAAAACACAACAAAACAGGGAGGAGGACAGAGCAGAAAUUCCUAAACUAAUAAAAGGGGGGAGUUAAAAUUGGUAUUAUUGAAAAGGAAAGGAGAUGGGGAAGUGUUCCGAUGAGGACUGUGAAGGAAAUUAUUAAUGAAGCCGAGGAGGGGAGGGGGCUCCACUUAAUGGUGGUUCGCUAUACAACCGAGCUGCACACGUGGAGACUUUUUCACAAACAGAAAAGAUUUGUUACAUAUUGGUUGAAUAAAAACGAAAAAAAAAAAAAAGGAAUAAAAGAAUAUACAGCAAUAGUAAAUUAAUUACAAA